AUGGCGGGAGUUCUGUACGUGGCGGUGGUGUCCCGCAUGCUCGACUUGGCCGACACAGCGUUCCAUUGGUUGCCGAGUUAUCUACGAGGGUCCUCGACGAGACGCAGUAUCUACACGCCAAAGGAGGACUCGAUCGCAAGUGUGUACGCUGGAGAAGCGACUUCGCGAGCAACUGCCACUCCGCUCAUGCCCAGUGACACCCCGCGAGCUCCCAAGAGAAACUUCAUGAGCAAAACGAACGUGUCGAUGUAA